GGGGUUUGACGGGUUUUACCCCCUCCAUGCAUGCAUGCAUGCAUGCGUUGCCAACACAUCAAGAAAUGGAUCUCUCUCUCUCUCUUUUGCCCCCCUCAUCAUCCCCCCCACCUAUCUAGCCUUAGGUAUGCUGUUCAUGCUUGGAUCCUUGACUUCUCGUGAGCUCGUUCGCUCGGGACUUGGCUUUAGUGAGUGGAGGACAAGGAGAGAUCUUGGUUUUGAGGGGGCAGAAGAGAGCAGCAGGUCGGAAUGAAUUGUUUCUGGUUAAUAAUUGUUGUAUCAAGCCUGUAUCAACCCCCCCCCCCCCCUCG